CGACCGCUCCGUUAAGAGGCGCCGCCCGCCGCCCGGCACCGCCCCGCCAUGCCGCUGCCCGCCCUGCUCUGCCUCUGCACGGCCGCCGUCGCCUCCGCCGCCUCCGCCGCCUCCUUCUUCACCAGCGCCGGCGACUACCGCCUGGCCGGGCUCUUUUCGCUGCAUCUACCACCGCCGCGGUCCGUUGCACGGCCGUUCGUGGACGGCUGCGACAACAUCACCACCAUCAAGAGACACGGCUACUGCCUGUCCCAAGCCAUGCGCUUUGCUGUGGAGGAGAUCAACAACUCCAGCGCCCUUCUCCCCAACGUCACCUUGGGCUAUGACAUCUACGACGUCUGCUCAGAGCCCGCCAGCCUGCAUGCCAUGCUGCGAGCCCUCACUCGGAAAGGUGCCCAGGAGGUGGAGGUGCUUCCUACCUUCCACAGCUACCAGCCCGAGGCAGUGGCUGUCAUCGGACCCGACAGCACCCAGAUGGCCCUCACCACGGCUGCCAUCCUUGGCAUCUUCCUUGUACCAGAGAUCAGCUAUGAAGCCUCCUCGGCGACGCUGAGCCUGAAGAGGUUCUACCCCUCCUUCCUGCGCACCAUUCCCAGUGAUGAGCAGCAGGUGAGGGCCAUUUCCCUGCUGCUGGAGCACUUUGGGUGGACGUGGGUUGCACUGAUAAGCAGCAACAACGCCUAUGGCCGGGACAGUUUGGAUGCCCUCUACAAGCUGCUGACUGCAAACAAAAUAUGCGUUGCCUACCGAGGCAUCAUCCCCAUCAACACGGAUGCCAGCAACUUGGAGCUCCACAACCUGGUCAGAAUCCUCGAGGAUGUCAAGGUCAAUGUCACUGUUGUCUUUGCCAACAGGCUAAGUGUUGUCCCUUUCUUUGAGGUGGUGGUCCAGAGGAACAUCACAGGCAUGGUGUGGGUGGGCUCAGAGGACUGGUCAUUAGCCAAAACCACCUGGCAGGUGCCUGGUAUCAAGAGCAUUGGCUCGGUGAUUGGGAUGUCAGUUGAGAAGACCGAGCCCAUGGUGUUGGAACGGUUUGUAUCCUGGAAGGCAGCACAGGAAAGUGCUGCAGCAGGACGUGCUGGUAGCUCAGAGGCAGGUGUGGGGGGUGAAGAGAACACCCCCCUGGCCUGCACCCAGCGAUGCACCAACUGCUUCUCGCUCAAUGACACUCCUGACAUCUACGACGUUCAAGCCUCCUACAAUGUCUACUCUGCAGUCUACGCUGUGGCCCACGGCCUCCAUGAGCUACUGGGCUGCACCUCGGGGGUCUGCAACAAGUACACUGUGUACCCCUGGCAGCUCCUGCCAAAAAUUAAGCAAGUGAACUUCACCCUGUACAAAAGCCAGGUCUCUUUUGAUGCCAGCGGGGACAUCCACAAAGGCUAUGACAUUGUCAUGUGGAACUGGAGCGGCCCCAGCUGGGCCUUUGACGUGAUAGGAACCUUCCGAGUGAACCCUGACAGGCUCACCAUCACCCAGGGCAAAAUCCCGUGGCACACAGAGGAUCAACAGGCUCCUGGCUCCCUGUGCUCCAAGGCCUGUCAACCCGGGGAGAAGCGGCUGCAGCGGAGCCGCCACCACUGCUGCUUCCUCUGCGAGGCCUGUCCCGCAGGAACCUUCCUGAACCAAUCGGACCUCUACAGCUGCCAGUCCUGCAGGAUGGAGGAGUGGGCCCCAGCAGGGAGCGAGGCUUGCUUCAACCGCACCAUCGAAUUUCUGUCCUGGUCCGAACCAAUCUCCUGCGUCCUGCUGACCCUCACUACCCUCCUCAUGCUGUUCAUGGCAGGGCUGGCUGUCCUCUUUGCCCUGAAUGCCUCCACGCCGGUAGUCAAGUCUGCGGGUGGGAACAUGUGUUUCCUCAUGCUGGGCUCUCUGGCCUGUGCCUGUAGCAGCCUCUUCUCCUACUUUGGGGAGCCCACUUGGCACUCGUGCCUGCUGCGGCUCCCCCUCUUCGCCAUCAGCUUCACUGUCUUCCUGUCGUGCGUGGCAACGCGCUCAUUCCAGAUCAUCUGCAUCUUCAAGCUGAAUUCGCGCUGGCCGGCGCUCUACGAGGCCUGGCUGCGCUGCAGGGGCCCGGUGCUCUUCAUUGCCGCGAGCACGGGAGUCCAGACGGUGCUGUGCCUGGCCUCAGAGGCCGUUUCCCCCUCGGCACCGCGCAUGGAUUACGGCGCAGUCGCCGACCGGGUGCUACUGGAGUGCGGCCAGGGGGACGCGGCAAGAGGGACCGCCGUGACCGCCUUCACCGUGCUACUCAGUGUCUGCUGCUUCACCCUCAGCUACGCGGGCAAGGAUCUACCUGCCAGCUACAACGAGGCCAAGUGCUUGACCUGCAGCCUCCUGCUGCAUCUCGCCUGCUCCGCGACCGUGCUCUGCACGCAGGACGCGUUCCGCGGGCGGGAGGAGGCGGCGGCCCAGGUGGUCGGCUACCUCUGCACGGUGGGCACGCUGCUGGGAGGCUUCUUCUUCCCGAAGGCCUUCGUCAUCCUGCUGCGGCCGCACCUCAACACACCCGAGCACUUCCAGAUGGCCAUCCAGCACUACACGCGGCGCCUGGCCGACACCUGAGCGGGGAGGCGCCGGGCCCGAUCCGCCGC